GUUGGAUCAGUUUCGUUGCGCGUCCACUGGCCUCGACGUUGCCUGCAGCGAUUGGCUGCGCUUGAAGGAGACGGUCGAGGUGAUGUAUGAGGCCGAGCUUGGCGGAACCGUCGUCGACUUUUUGGCCUUUUUCCUGGGCCUGGCGAUCAGCUUCAGCAUCCACAAAAUGUCCAACUUCUACGGUUAUCGUCGCUUUGCGCUGCUUGCUCUGGUCGUGAGCUUUCUCGCCGACCUGACGCUCGAAGCGAUCUUGUCAUCCUCCGUGUCGGCGGCAGCCAGCGUGCUCGACCGAUUCAAGGAUUGCGCUUCCCAAGAGACGAAUGGCGACAGCUCGUUCACAAAGAUGAAGGGCACGGCCGACUGGAUUCGCGUACUCGCUUUCGCAAAUAUCAUCAUCGCUUCAAUCGGUCUCUGCGGUGACAUUGCGGCAGCGGCGCUGGACUGGAGUCGAGAUCCGGCUAUCAAGGCUGGACUUCUACUGGUAACCCACGGCGCCGGUGGCCUGGAAGCGGUCAUUGGACUCUUCAGCUGGCGGCUCAACACCGAGCCGCUCAUUGAAGAGCUCCAAGCUGUGGAGAUGGCGGCCUUGGGCCUGGAGGAGUUGGAGCGCGGACGGGGUAAGAUGUGCUUCACCAGGCAUCCCGACUUGCCCGGGCCUGAACUGGUCAGCAUGGACUGGAGUAAUCCCAUCAUCUACAUCCUGCUGCCCGGCGGCCUAACGCUCCUCUCUUUGUCCUUGGCACUCGUGCUUGCUUUUUGCGUGCCAAGAUCGGCAAGGGAGGUGCUGGAGAUGGAGUUGCUUACAGGCCGCGGCCAAGUGAGACCAGCUCCGGUGGUGGAGUUUGAGAAGCCCACUCCGCCUGGCAAGCCCCGACAGACAGAGGGCGUCGCGCCAAAGGGGCAAGCGCCGCCACCCCUGAACCCUGCGAAGACUGUGCCGGACAAGCCCCGACGGCCAGAGGCCGUCGCGCCAAAGGGGCAGGCGCCUCCACCCCUGAACCUUGCCAAGACUGUGCCUGACAAGCCCCGACAGCCAGAGGCCGUCGCGCCAAAGGGGCAAGCGCCGCCACCCCUGAACCUUGCCAAGACUGUGCCUGACAAGCCCCGACAGCCAGAGGCCGUCGCGCCAGCGGAGGAAGCGCCUCCACCCCUCAACCAGCCAGAGGCCGUCGCGCCAAUGGGGGAAGCGCCUCCACCCCUCAACCAGCCAGAGGCCGUCGCGCCAACAGGGGAAGCGCCUCCACCCCUCAACCAGCCAGAGGCCGUCGCGCCAAAGGUGGAAGCACCUCCACCCCUGAACCCUGCCAGGACUGCUACUGAUACUAUGUAA